AUGGCUGCUCAAGUGUCGAAGAAAUUUUGCAGUGUUUUAAUAAUUGUAAUUUUAUUUUCAAUGAUGUUUUCUGCACAAGUCGCUCAUUCCAACACGAUAGAUGUGUGUAUAAAAGACUGUGUCACAAAUCAGUGUAUGAAAGCAUCAAAAAAAGCGACUCAAGCGAUAUGUGGCAAUCCUUGCAAGAUGAUUUGUGAUCCAAUAAAAAAUGGUGGACAAUACAUUGUCCCUGGUAAAGGUUAUCAAGAUCCUGUGAAAAGGUUUUGCAGCGCAUUCAGCUGGAUAUGCGAGUAA